AUGGAAGCUGUAACUAUGGAGCCACAAGCUAUAACAUGGGGACUUUGGUAUAGAAUGAAUAAAAGGAUUUAUGAGAAUAUUUCUAUGCAUAUUCAUGUGACUGUUAAUAAUGCUCUUUCUUUACAACAAGAAUAUGCACAGGUGCAGUUGUUUGAUGUUUCAAAUCAGAAGAUUACUAAGGUAGUACGAUGGCAUCCUCCUCCAAAUGAUUUUCUGAAACUGAAUAUUGAUGGGGCCACCUUUCCUGAACAUUCUGUUGCCGGGAUUGGGGUGGUGUUGCGGGAUCAGUAUGGUGAGGUUGUCGUGGCCUGCUCUAAGGUAGAGAAAGAUGUAUCUUCUGAUGAGUUUAUUGAGGCAGUUGCACUUCUCAGAGGGUUACAGCUGUGUAUUCAAUGGGGUGUCCCAAAAAUUAUGCUUGAAACCGAUUGUUUGGUUUUGGUUAAUGCUUUGAAUGAAAAUUCUAUAUGUUUAACAGAUUUUGCUUUUAUUCUUCAAGACAUACGAAGGCUUAUGGUGGGAUUCAAAGAAGUUAAAGUUGUACAUGUCAACCGUUUAGGCAAUUUGGUGGCUCAUCGUUUGGCAAGACAUGCUUGGUUGAUUGAGGAUAUUUGUAUGUGGUGGGAUUAUUGUCCUUCUUUUGUUAGUCAAGCUUUAUGGCUUGAUAAACCUGCUAUUUGUAAGGAUAAUUGA